AUGCAUUUCACCAACGUCUUCGUCCAGGCUCUGAUUGCCGGCACUGCCAUCGCUGCUCCCGCUUCCCUCGUCAGCAAGCGUCAACUCCAGACCAUCCAGGGUGCUCUUACCAGUGUCCAGGACUCCCUUGGCAACCUCGACACCGCUGUCAAGGCCCUCUCCGCCUCUGACCCCAACUCUGCCGCCAACCUCCUCGAUGCCUCCAACAAGGUCCAGACCAGCUUGAAGCAGGGCACCCAACAAAUUCAGGGCGCCCAGGAGCUCUCCCUCACCGAUGCCCUCACUCUUCAGCAGUCCGCUGGCGGCCUGACCACCGCCGUCCAGACCGCCGUCACCGAUCUGACCAACAAGAAGCCCGAGCUUGACAAGCUCGGUGCCACCUCCGUCGCCGUUGACCAGCUCAAGCAGCAGAAGGCUGUCGCCGGUGACUUCAGCACCGCCGUUGUCUCCAAGGUCCCCGCCAUCGGACAGAGCAUCGCCCAGCAGUCCGUUGACCAAAUCAACCAAUCCCUUGACGGUGGUAUCCAGGCUCUGUCUGCCGGUGGUGCCCAGCAGGGUGGUGCCGGUGGCGCUGCUGCUCCCGCUGCUCCUGCUGCUCCUGCCGCGCCCGCUGCUGGCAACGAGGCUGCUACCAACAACGCCGACUUCAAGACUGAGGUUAUGCCCCAGUAA